UUCCAUUCUGCUGAAAGCUAGCUUGCACGCAGUUCCCGCUGCCUCAGUUCUUCUCAAGGGAACAGGUGAGGGGGGUGAAAACUGGCUCCCCUGGGUGAUCACACACAGAACACUGGAAAAUGGACAAAGAAAGCAGCGAGGCUUCGCCCAAACCUGUUGACCUGAAAAUAUCCAAUAUCUCAGUUCAAGUGAUCAGUGGCCAGGGGAAACCACCAGGGAGAAGACCACCACGAAAACCCAUAGGCAGAGCCACGCCCAAGAAGCAAUGCAAGAAGAAGGCUCCCUUUUGGAAUGUCCAAAACAAAAUCAUUCUCUUCACUGCAUUUCUAUUCAUCCUAGCAGUCAUAGCCUGGACCCUGCUCUGGCUCUACAUCAGUAAGACGGAGAGUAAAGACGCCUUUUACUUCGUUGGCAUGUUUCGCAUCACCAACAUGGAGUUUCUUCCUGAGCACCGACAGAAGGAGUCCAGGGAAUUUCUCUCAGUGGCACGGACAGUGCAGCAAGUGGUAAACCUGGUUUACACAACCUCUGCCUUCUCCAAAUUUUACAAGCAGUCUGUUGUUGCUGAUGUCAGCAGCAACAACAAAGGUGGCCUCCUUGUCCACUUUUGGAUUGUGUUUGUCAUGCCCCAUGCCAAGGGCCAUUUCUUCUGUGAGGACUGUGUGGCAGCCAUCUUGAAGGACUCCAUCCAGACAAGCAUCAUCAACCGGACCUCUGUGGGGAGUUUGCAGGGUCUGGCUGUGGACAUGGACUCUGUGGUACUAAAUGCUGGGCUUCGAUCAGAUUACUCUUCAACAAUAGGAUCUGACAAAGGUUGCUCUCAGUACUUCUACGCAGAUCAUCUGUCCCUCCGCUACCCUCUAGAGAUUUCUGCGACCUCAGGGAGGCUAAUGUGUCACUUCAAGCUGGUGGCCAUUAUGGGAUACCUGAUCCGUCUCUCGAUUGAAUCCGUCGAAAUUGAAGCCGACAACUGUGUCACCGACUCCCUGGCCAUUUAUGACUCCCUCUUGCCAAUCCGGAGCACCGUCUUGUACAGAAUUUGUGAACCUACGAGGACAUUAAUGUCAUUUGUUUCUACAAAUAAUCUCAUGCUGGUGACAUUUAAAUCUCCUCAUAUAAGAAGGCUAUCAGGAAUCCGGGCAUAUUUUGAGGUCAUUCCAGAACAAAAGUGUGAAAACACGGUGCUGAUCAAAGAAAUCACUAGCUUUGAAGGGAAGAUUCUGAGUCCAUAUUACCCAAGCUACUACCCUCCAAAGUGCAAGUGUACCUGGAAAUUUCAGACUCCCCUAUCGACUCUUGGCAUAGCACUGAAAUUCCAUAACUAUUCAAUAACCAAGAAGAAUGUGAAAGGAUGUGAACAUGGAUGGUGGGAAAUUAAUGAGCACAUGUACUGUGGCUCCUACAUGGAUCACCAGACGAUUUUCCGAGUGCCCAGCCCUCUGGUGCACAUUCAGCUCCAGGGCAGCUCAAGGCUUUCAGACAAGCCACUUUUGGUAGAAUAUGGCAGUUACAACAUCAGUCAACCCUGUCCUGUUGGAUCUUUUAGAUGCUCCUCCGGUUUGUGUGUCACUCAGGCCCAGCGCUGUGAUGGAGUAAAUGACUGCUUUGAUGAAAGUGAUGAACUUUUCUGUGGCAUUCCAUGCAAUAACAGAACGUUUAAGUGUGGCAACGAUAUUUGCUUUAGGAAACAGAAUGCAAAAUGUGAUGGGACAGUGGACUGUCCAGAUGGAAGUGAUGAAGAAGGCUGUAGCUGCAGCAGGGGCUCUUCCUCCCUCCACCGCAUCGUUGGGGGCACGGACACCCUGGAGGGAGGUUGGCCAUGGCAAGUCAGCCUCCACUUUGUCGGAUCUGCCUACUGUGGUGCCUCGGUCAUCUCCAGGGAGUGGCUUCUCUCUGCAGCCCACUGUUUCCAUGGAAACAGGCUGUCGGACCCCACGCCGUGGACCGCUCACCUUGGGAUGUAUGUGCAGGGGAAUGCCAAGUUUGUGUCCCCGGUGAGAAGAAUUGUGGUCCAUGAAUACUAUAACAGCCAGACAUUUGACUAUGACAUUGCUUUGCUGCAGCUCAGUGUCGCCUGGCCUGAGACGCUGAAGCAGCUCAUUCAGCCAAUAUGCAUUCCUCCUGCCGGUCAGAAAGUGCGCAGCGGGGAGAAGUGUUGGGUGACUGGCUGGGGGAGAAGGCAUGAAGCAGAUAAUAAAGGCCCCCCUGUUUUGCAGCAAGCAGAGGUGGAAAUCAUUGAUCAAACCCUCUGUGUUUCCACCUAUGGGAUCAUCACUUCACGGAUGCUCUGUGCAGGUGUAAUGUCAGGCAAGAGAGAUGCCUGCAAAGGAGAUUCCGGUGGACCUUUAUCUUGCCGAAGAAAAAGUGAUGGAAGAUGGAUUUUGACUGGCAUUGUUAGCUGGGGAUAUGGAUGUGGAAGACCAAAUUUUCCUGGUGUUUACACAAGGGUGUCAAACUUUGUUUCCUGGAUUCAUAAAUACGUCCCUUCUCUUUUGUAAUUGUAUCAGUUGGAUUUUCAACUGUGAUUUAUGUGUUAGAUCCCUUUAAAAGGAUGCAAUAAUUACCAACAGAAUGGGUCAACUAGAAAUGUCAGGUUGUACACACUUGACAUUUAUUGAAAGACAGAUGAGUAUGUAUUCUAUACAAAAUUUCCUCAAAGAUAUCGCUAUAUUCAUUUCCACGCAUCAGAAAGGCCAUUAUUCAGGGAUGGAAAAAAUCUAAAUAAAUCUCAUGAACCAAGACCCUAAAAUAAAAUAAGAAAUGAAAGAAAUGUCCAGGUAUCCUUUCUUUUGUUAAUGUUCCAAUUUGAGGUGCAUAUAUUUAUAAA